AUGGCACACCAAGUGUCUCAUCAGGCGACGGACAAGAAGCGCGUCAAGGUUUACGAGCUGCGCGACAAUGACUGGUUUGAUCGCGGAACAGGCUUUUGUACCGCAACAUAUGCGAUUACAGAUGAUGGCUGCAAAGACCCUCGAGUCAUUGUGGAGUCCGAGGAUCAUCCCGAGCGGCUACUGUUGGAAACCAAGAUUCACAAGGAUGAUGGCUUCCAAAAGCAGCAAGAAACUCUCAUCCUGUGGCAAGAGCCCGGGAGCGGAGUCGACAUGGCCUUGAGCUUCCAGGAAGCCGAAGGUUGCGCCCUGAUAUGGCGAUUCGUUAGCAACGUGCAGCAGACGUUUCCCAACAAUCUUGGAGGCGACGACAACCUCUCGGACGAUCUGGCCGUCGAGGUUCCAGCCGCCAUCAACCUCCCUGCUGCCGAGCUUGGAAACUUGCCCGAGAUUGAGUCCAGCAUGCGCAUCAUUAGCGCAAGUGCCAACGGCCGCGACGCUCUCGCCAAGUUUAUAAUGGCCGACGACUACAUCAGCAAGCUGAUUCCCCUGGUUGAAAUGGCCGAGGAUCUCGAAAGCCUGCCCGACCUUCAUCGACUCUGCAACAUCAUGAAGACCAUCAUCCUGUUAAACGAUACAACCAUCAUCGAGCACGCCGUAUCCGACGACUGCGUUCUUGGCGUUGUUGGCGCACUAGAGUACGACCCCGACUUCCCCAGCCACAAAGCGAAUCACCGUCACUGGCUCGACAACCAAGGCCGGUACAAGGAGGUUGUCAGGAUAGAAGAUGAUCAAACCCGCCAAAAGAUUCAUCAGACCUACCGUCUCCAGUACCUGAAAGAUGUGGUUCUUGCCAGGAUCCUCGACGACCCUACUUUUUCCGUCCUGAAUUCCUUGAUCUUCUUCAACCAGGUCGACAUUCUCCAACAUCUGCAAUCCAACACUGGAUUCAUGGGCGAGCUCUUUUCCAUCUUUACUUCUCGACGCCGUGACCAGAAGAAGAAGAAGGAUGCUGUCUUGUUUAUUCAGCAGUGCUGUGCCGUUGCCAAGAGUCUCCAACCUCCGGCCAGGCAAUCGCUCUAUAACAACCUCAUCGCGCACGGGCUGAUGCAAGUAAUUCACUUUGGGCUGAAGCACGGAGAUGUGGGCGUCAGGAUCGGGGCCACGGACAUCUUGGUCUCCAUCAUAGACCACGAUCCGCAAAUGAUACGCCAGACGACGUACCGCCAGAUGCACGACAACCAACCCUCAUUGAUUGACUCGCUGAUUGACCUUUUGCUUGUCGAGGGAGACCUCGGGGUCAAGUCGCAAAUCUCGGAAGCUUUGAAAGUGCUUUUGGACCAAGGAAUUCUUCCCCAAGGACCAGAACUCGUCCGGCUGAACGGCGAGUUGCCUGGGAGACCACGGCCUCAACCUGCAUCCGAUCCUCAGCAGGAACUUUUCCUCACCCGAUUCUACGAGAGGUCUGCCCCGAAACUUUUCAAGCCGCUGCUGGACCUCGAACACCAAGCCGAUUUGAGCUUUGCGGUGCAGAAAGCAUCCAUGUUUACUACUCUCGUCGAACUCCUGUCUUUUUUCAUCCGCCAGCAUCAUCGAUUCAGCAGGUAUUUAGUGAUGAACAACAAUAUCAUUCCGCGAGUCACUCAACUGCUAAAGAGUCCUGAAAAGUAUUUGCGCCUAGUCGCUAUUCGUUUUCUCCGAAGUCUGAUCGGUAUGCAAGAAGAGUUCUACAUCAAGCAAAUCACAGAAAAGCAUGCCUUGUCCUCUACGUUGAACGUGUUCAUCGAAACCUUGCCAAGAGACAAUCUCCUCAGCUCGGCCUGCCUCGAGCUGUUUGAGUUCAUCAAGAGGGAGAACAUCAAGGACCUGAUGAAAUACCUGGUUGUCAACCGUCGAGAAAGCUUGACCGGUUUGAGCUACAUGGCCACCUUUCGAGACAUCCUCUUGCACUAUGACCAAACACAAGGCUAUACAGCCAACAUGGACUACUUCCUGGAGGGCGAGGAUGACAUGCCGCGCAAGCCGCCACCCAACACGCGACUGAUGGAGCACAUCACCGUGGACGCGAGCGAGGAGGAGUACUGGAACACGUCGGAUCCAGAAGAAGAAGAAGAAGAGCAGCAUCACGACGCCAUGUCCAACAAGAUGCUGCCAAGUAACGGGCCCUCGACCCCCUCCAAGCCUCUGGUCGACUAUUCCUCUGAUGAGGAGAGCGACCCAAAUGCCAGCCUAGAAGGAGACGCCGUCGUCGAAGGAACUCCCUCGUCCACGCCAUCCGGACUGCCGACUGUAUCCCCUCCAGCAGAGCGGCUGUCUGAGAAGCGCCGCCGGGAGGAGGACGAAGAAGACGAACUCGGCAAGCUGAUGCAGAACAAGCGCAGGAACAGCAGCUCCCUGGAGCCAAGCGUCACCAACAGAAGCCCGCGGAUGACGCCAAGGCGAAAAUCGCUGGGAGGCGCCUCGGGAAACGGCAAGAUUGCCAUCAACCUCUCUACCUCGGUCCGGACAGGAGGGUCCAGAUCAGGCGACGAGACGUAG